ACAAGAUGGCAUAUUGAAAUUGUAGCACUGUUCUUCAUUUUUAUUUUUAGUUCAGUUAUACAAAUAAGAUGUUUUUCUCACUGUUCAGUGUUAUCAACAUUUGAAACUAUUUUUGUACAUUAUUAUCCUCUCUGAUUUCUAAUCCUAUGCAGCUUUGCAAGGACUAAUAGGGAAUGUAUAGAGCCCAUGCAAGUUAAACCCUUAAUAAAGAGCAAUUUGCAAGUACAAUUCUCUCAUUAUUUUUUUUAUCGAUACUUCUGCAUAUUCAGUGAAAUCUAAAGAUUAGAGUUUUAUGAAUAAUUCAGUGUUUAGGCUGAUGUCUGAUUCAUGUACUUCAAAUCUGGGAGGUGGUUUUGGAGGGAAGAGGAGGAAGGAUUUAGCAUUAUUUGCUGUCCGUGAGGCUGUGCUCCACCGGAGUGUGGUGGUGCCUGGCACUGUGGCUCUCCCACUCGUGGAGGACCAGCCCCAGCACAAGGCCUGGCCCCAAGCCUGCAGGCUGUCCUCACACUGUUACUUACACCUGGCUGCUGCUGCUGGUGCUAGGGGCAAGCAAGGGUUUAGGACCCUCCUGCCAGCUCAGCCAGGUGCCAGAGGCAUCACAGAGCUACCAGAGAAGUGAUGGAUAGAGCCAGGAUGAGGAAAUGCAUCCAAAUGUUCCGUGGUGUCAGCCCCAGCAGCUCUCCUGUGCCCCCACUAUCUCCUUCCUGGGGAAUUCAGAAAUGGACUGGAAAUGAAGCAAUAAACAGGCUGGUGCUGGUCUGGGGAGGAGGAGGGCAAUGGGUCUAUCUCCCAGCUCCUUGCUCCAGAGCUGGCUCCUACUGGCACCUCAGCCAGGAUCUGGCCCCUGGGCUCAAGAGGUGAGCACAGACCUUGACAAAGUUCUCCAUGGGCAGUGAUUCCUCAUGUUUCCAACAGACAACGCACACAAAAUCCAUGUGAGUCCUGCAUAAAGCGGGCGGUCCCCGCAGUGAGGACAUCUGCACUGUUUGUACACCAAAGAGCCAGUGGUGUUUCAUUCAGGUUCUCCUCACAAGCACAGGUGCCUGCACGGAGGGGUCAUGGGAGUGACAGGCCUGCCCAUGUCCAGGGCUGGGAGUGCUUUCCCCUGAACAUGGGAUUCAGUGAGUGGGGGAAAACUGUUGUCCUGCUUGUGACAGCUGGGGAUACUGGGGGAGAAUUGCUCCUCCUGCCUCUGCUGGCCAGCCAAGCAGCUCCUCAUUUUCCUCCUCUCACUUGUGGAAUCUUCCCCCCACCCCAUUAUCAGAGUCCCAUUUCCUAGUGAGGCCGUACCUGGUAAGGGAGACAGCACAUCCCACCUUCACACUGCUCUGGGCUGGUUCCCUGUGCACCCCACAGCAAGUGUUGUCAGCAAGCUGCAAUCCCAGCACCCCAACACCCAGCUAGCAGCACAUAGACACCUUUCAUCUGCCUGUUCAGGGUAAUCAUCCUGCAAAACUCCCAUCUCUCAUCCUCCAAACCCUCGGCUUAGGUGUGCCCCUUCCCCCUCCAGCCCCUCACAAAGCUUUGGCAAAGGGCCUUCAACUUCCAGACCCAGCUUCCACCAGGGCUUCUACCACAGCAAUCAGCAGCUCCCAAGCAGCACCUGCAGCCAGGCUGCUCUUCAGAUAAAUUGGAUGGAGGUGAGCUAGGUGUGGCAGGAGGAUUUGUGGUGCUGUGGGUUGGGGUGCCUGUGACUGCCUGGGUUUGUGCACUGCCAUGGAGCCUCAGCUGGGUAAGGGGUCUGCAAGUGCUGUGGGGUCCCUCAGAGCUGGAGCUUGGCUUAGGCUCUGGGCUAUGAUGGCUGGGGUCCCUGGGGGGCUGCAGGGAUGAGCAGGGUUGUGGCUGCUUGGCUUCUGGGGGUUUUGAGGCUGCUGGGGGUGUGGGUGUCUCAGGACUGGGCUCCAGUCCCAAAUGGUCCCUCUUCCAGCAGCCAAAGCUGCUGGCAUAGCCCAGCGCUGUCAGGCCCAGCACCCUCCGACCCUGCAGAUGAUCAAGGAGGCGCUGCGGGCCCAUGAUGAGAAGAAGGGUGCCUCUGUUGUUGCCAUCAAGCGUUUCAUCCUGGCCAAGUACCCCACUGUGGAUCCCAUCCGCCUCAAGUACAUGCUGAAGCAGGCGCUGAGUAAGGGGCUGAGCUGUGGGGACCUGGUGCGGCCCCACAACUCUUCUGCUGUGGGGGCCACUGGCACCUUCAAGGUGAGCGGGGCUGCUGGGGCCACAGGGCUGGGACUGAGGUGCUGCCUGGCCCUGUUGACAGCCCUCUCUCACCUCCAGUUAGCACUCAAGAAAUCACGGUACAAGCAGCAGCCGGGCCAGGCAGAUCCUGACAGAGGACAGACCCCAAAGCCAGGACAGGAAGGGACCACCAAGGCCCCACAGGCCCCCGUGGCAGGAGCACGACAGCGAGGUGCCACCAAGCAGCAGCCAACAGCCACCAAGCAGCAGCCAAAGGCAAAGCCUGUGAAGGCCCAGCCACGAGCAGCAGAGAAGCCCAGGAGUGACAGAGCGAAGCAUCCCCAGACUGCUGGCCGGUCCCAGGCUCAUGGCCCAGGGCCUUCAGGGCCCCCCAGAGCUGCCAGCCACCGGCAGGGCCCCCAGAAAGGACACUCGGGACCCAGCACAGCUCGGGCUGCUGAGAAUGCAGGAGGGACUGAUAGUGACAGUUCUGCAAGUGCAGGGGCAAAGGGGCCUCAAAAGGCCCCCAAGGGAAAGAGCAAGGGGAAGGUGCCCAAAGGGGCACAGCAGGAUGCCCCCAAGGCACAGGGAGGUCAAGGUCAAGCAAAGAAGCCCCGGGCGACUCCAGGAGCUGGGCAAGGGAAGGCCAGGCUGAAGAAGGCAGUCCCCAUGGCAGCAGACAGAAAGGCCCCAUAGGGAGCUUAUUACUGCUUCAGCUGGCCUCAGGCCCUUGGGGCCUGGACUGCUUUCAGUCCCUAGGACAGGUUUUAAUUCUGUGUUCACCUUAUCCUAAUAAAGCUUCUUCACUUGCCUCAUGGAAUGGCAUGACUGUUGUGGUCCCUGUCCCUGUGCUUCCAUCUCUCUGCCAAAAUCUGCAGGGCAUGGUGGUGAGCUGAUGCUGCAGGUGGCUUGCCUUGCUGCCUGCCCUCAUGGAGAGGUGUUCUCUCUGUCCACGUGUCCCAGCUGUGGUGCCAAGGGGCCGCUGGGUUUAGGGGCUGUAUAUGUGCAGGCUGACUGUGCCAGGUGACAGGCAGGGACCCCAAGACCCAUGGGACACAGCAUGGUGGCAUUGCCAUCAGGAACAGAGAAGCUCAGGCAUGGUCAGUGCUGUUGUGGAACCAUGUGCCCACAGCCUGUGUGAGGUGUCCAGCCCUCUGUUGUCCUGGCUGCCCUUGUGCUAAUGCCUGCCUGAGCUGGGAUUACAGGAGCACCAGGGUGGCAGGUCUGAGUUCAUGCCAUGGGCAGAUGUCUGCCAGCAGAGGUGAAGCAGCCUGUGCUUUAACUAUAGUAAGAGGAAGAUAGAGGUGUCUUAGGGCUCAAAAACCAAGUUUGGGGUGUUACUGUUGCCUCCAGCACAGCUCGUGCUCUUAUUACUGGUCUAUGGCACAGUUCCCACCUACAAACUUGUGAGCUCCUGUGUAUCACGCUUCCAUUUAAUAGCUUCAAUUGCCUGAAUUUCUCUUGCUAAGCCCAGAGCAGGGCCCUUCUGAAGGUCAUGCUGAUCGUGUAAUGGGUUAAAGUCUUCCUGGGUGGGAGAAAGUAAGUGGAAGUAAAAUUCUUUCUAAAGAGGAUUUUGUUAAUCUGCAGCUGGCCUUGCCACUGCCCUCCAAGGCUCCUGGCCUUGCUCUGGGGCUUAAGCAAGAGCUGAGCAAACUAGCUUCUCUUAAACUUCAGCCUUGACUAUGCUGAUGCAUCUUUAAAGGAACUGGAACUUGUGUGCCCCCAGGGACAGGGUAGGGAAUGGGGUAGCAGUGACUGAGCAGAGGUCAUUGGAUUCUCAGAUGGGGGUGGCCUCACAGCAGCAUGCAGCCAUGUGGCAAUGUCCCCAACAGCACCAGGCAGGGGCUGUGUCCUCCCUCUCACCAGCCACCAGGUGUGAAAUGCAAAGCUCUCUUGCUUUGAGAAAGGCCAAAUAACUUAAUGUCUGGAUUUAGCUUUGCAAAGAAUCAACUUCCUAGUGGAAGAAGAAAAUCCCUCUGGUGUCUGGAAAGCACUGCUUUUACUGGGGGAGGGGAAAGAUUUAGCUGUGCCGUGGUUGUUAAGGGCUCUGGUGUCGGGGUGCAGGGAGGCACCUGACAGAAGUGAGGGUGCCUGGCUGCAGCUGCUUCUGUGGGGCUACUGAUCUUCAUGUGCCAACUGUCCCCUCCUGUGCCUGGCCCGGGAAGGAAGGGUGGCACUGGCUGUGGGAGUGGUGUGUGGAGAGCCCCACACAAGGAGUACAAACCUGCUCUCUCUGGGCUGCUGAUCCCAAAUGUGGCUUGCCUUGCAUGUGCAAAACUUGUCUGUGCAGGUGUCUUCCCCGUGUGCUUGGCAGGAACUCACUCCAUAGGUUCAGCACCUUGUUUUAUUACAAAGAUAGGCUUUGCCAGGAGUCUGCCACUUCCACUACACAGCAGGUAAGGGCACUACAUCCACAACACAUCUUACAAAGGGCUUGGAGGUUCAAGGCAACACUACAAACCCUCUGCUAAAGUUGUUCCUUUAAAUGGUUGUAGCAACUACUUUUACUCUUUUUUUUCUUUUUUUUUCU